AUGUUCAAGAAGGCCAGCCUCUUUAGCUACGGGGGUAUUCAGCUCCUGAGUUCAUCUGCUACGACUUUGCCACCCACUCGCGCGAGCUUCAGUGCUUCAUGCCCUGGGCUCUGGAGCUCACGGUCCAAUCGAAGUUAUGCCACCGCAUCGGACAUCUCGGAUCCCCCGUACUCGUGGCCCAAAAGCUCAUGUUUCACCCCGUAUGAAGUUCUCAACCUGCACCGCAACGCCCCGUACUCGAAAGCUCGGUACUAUGAUCUAGUAAAGAUCUACCAUCCAGAUCGGCCAUGUGAUGAGCACCCCCUUUGUCGAAACAUCACACCCGAAGUUCGUCUACAGCGGUAUCACAUUGUGGUCACUGCCCAUGAGAUCCUCUCCGAUCCGACCAGGCGAGCUGCCUACGACCAAACAGGCGCUGGAUGGAGCCACAACUCUGAACGUUACAACACCGUGGCUGAUGCCUCGGCCGAUAGGGGACCCUACGGGCCUACUAUCUAUGCAAAUGCAACGUGGGAAGACUGGGAACGAUGGAAUAAUCGCCAUCAAGGGAAACAGCAGCACGUCGUUGACCAACGUACCUUUACCCGGCUGGUCAUCCUUCUCGUUUUGUUCGGUGGUGCUGUCCAGGCUUCCUGGAUCGGACAAUUGAAUUCUGGAUAUGAGCAGCGUUUGCGCGAGGUUAGCGAGGAUUCGAUGCGGUUCCUAAGUGGUCGUCGCCAGCACACUGUCACCCAGAUGCCGCACAAUGAUGCUCGAGUGCAGAGUUUCCUCAUUCGUAGAGACCCAACUGGCUCGGGGUUGAAAGAGGAAGAGGAGGCUGUUUAUCAAAAGGAACUCCAUCCUCUUCGAGGAGUGCCUGAGGUGCAACAGGCGCGAGAUCGCCUGGGCAGUCCAGGUCCGGAGGCUGUAGGGACUGUACCACUAGUUCAUGCGGAGAGAUCAGAGGAUCUUCCCUCACAUUCUUGA